CAGGUAGUUGAGCAUCCCUCAUUUCGCUAGCUUUAGAUGCUUGUGACGUCCGUCAGUGUCUGUAUAACGUGGAUGAAAGAGUGGUGAUAGGGAAGGAGUGUUACAUUGUUUCAAUAUGCAGUUUAUUUCAGGAGCAUUUGCUUUUUAUCUCUUCACAAAUUUGGUUGUCUGUUCUUUGGCGGAAUACACGACUGAGGAUUGCUGGGCGUUGGGCUUCAACAAAGCCAAUUUGCUGUGUUCGUCGUGUGACCAGCUGAAAUCUUUUGAUCUGGAUCUUAUCAAAGAACACUGCACACAGUGCUGCCAGAAGGAUGAGAACACAUACGAAGUAAAACGUUAUGCCCAAGCACGGUUAGAAGUCUGCACUUGUAAGUUUGGUGCAUAUCCUCAGAUUGCAGCUUUUGUCAAAAGUGAGAGACCUUCAAAAUUUCCGAAUUUGCAGAUAAAGUAUGUUCGAGGCUUAGAUCCCAUAAUAAAACUAAUGGAUAAAGAUGGAAACGUUAAAGAGGUACUGGCAAUUGAUAAGUGGAAUACCGAUUCAGUGGAAGAAUUUUUGAAGACACAUUUGGAAUCUGUAGAAGAGGAAAAGAGAGACUACUUGGAAAGUAAUAUGGUUUGAUGUGUCUUGCUGUGCUGUUUUUUACAUGCAAAAGUUUUAUGUUACUGUACAAUUGCCAAAGUAAGAGCUUGUAAGAUAGGGCACAGGUAGUAAGGAGAUAAUUCUGUGUAUAAACAGCUUUGGAAGUCUGGCUGUGGCCUGUGAUUUGCAAUCUGAGAUGGACCUGUAAAAUUUGUGAGCUACACAAGACACACAUACAAGUAUUUACAUGUUAAAUAAAAAGAUAAGUAAUGUUUGUUUUAUGGAGGCUGUGAUUUACAUAAAAAAUGUCAUAUUUGUGUUCAGUUGUUAUAAAGUGUAAUAAAUUGUCAUCACAAUUAACAGAAAAUUAAAGUGGGAGUGAAUGUGUAGUGAUGAUUUUGGUUACACUCAUAAGUCUCAAUGUUGUUGUAUUAGAAAGUAAAAUGGUAAAAUGAAAGGUU